CACUCCUCAACUAGUCACAACUCCUUGCUUUUGUCUUCUCUUCUCUCUUUCCUGUUUUGAUUGCUCCAUUUUCUUCGAGUUGAGUUCUGAAUUACAUUCUGUAAUUCCCAGAUUUGGGAUUCCUUAUUUCCCUUCUCUUGAACUUUAAUAUGGCUUUCUUUUGAGGCUCUGCUCCAUCAAUCUCUUUUGUUGCCUUUGUAUUGGUACAAUCUUCUCAAGAUGAAAAGAAAAGAACCCACUCAUUUAGAAGAUCCGAUACAUGAGGCGUCUGCCUCAUCUGCCUCUCCACAAGUAGGGGAUUAUGAAGGUGGAACCAAAAGGCCGAAAGGAAAUGAGUAUGAAGUGUUUUUGAGCUUUAGAGGGAAAGACACUCGUAAAGGCUUCACAGACUAUCUCUACACUAGCCUUAUUGAUGCAGGAAUUCACGUGUUCAGAGACGAUAAUGAACUCCGUGUUGGUGAGGAGCUUGGUUCAAAGCUUCUUUACAGUAUUACCAAGUCUAAGAUCUCAAUCCCAAUUAUCUCAGAGGACUACGCUGCUAGCAAAUGGUGCCUUCGUGAGUUGGUCCAGAUGUUGAAGUGCAAGAGAAGCAUAGGGCAGAUAGUGUUGCCCAUAUUUUACAAAGUGGGACCGUCGCAGGUGCGACAUCUUAUAGGGAGAUUGCGAGAUUCUAUCAAUGCACAUAGAGAGAAUUUGGAUGAUAUGGUCUUGAAAGAAUGGGAAGAAGCGCUUAAAGAAGUCAGCUCAUUGAAAGGAUGGGAAUCGGAGAAAAUUGAUAACGGGCAUGAAGGAGCGUUGGUUGAAAUCGUCGUCAAAAAAGUUAUGUACGAGUUAAAUGGAACUUCUAAGCUAAUUGUUCCCAAAGAAUUGGUUGGAAUUGAUGAUCGUGUGGAAGAGAUCAUGAGCUUGAUAGAUGCUCAAUUCAAUGAUACAAGGAUUAUCGGAAUUUAUGGAAUGGGAGGUAUUGGUAAGACAACUCUUGCAAAGGUCCUGUACAACAAUCUCUCUAUUCACUUCGAGCAUCUUAGCUUCAUGGCAAGUAUUCGAGAAACAUCUCGACGCAAGGGCAUUGAAUGGCUACAGAAAAAGCUUAUUUAUGAUAUACUGAGAAUUAAAUAUGAUGUGUCUAAUGUUGACGAGGGAAUUGGUAUCAUCAAAUCUCGAUUCAAAAGUAAGCAAGUCCUCAUUCUUCUAGAUGAUAUGGAUGAUAAUACUCACUUGAAUGCUUUGGCCGGAGAUAAUAGUUGGUUUAGAGCUGGAAGUAUAGUCAUCGUUACAACUAGAAACAAGAGUAUUCUCAACAAGGCUAGGGUAGGCUACAUGUACCAACUCAACGAGUUGUCUUUGGAUCAAUCAUUGAUAUUAUUUAGCAGACAUGCCUUUCAAAAUGAUUCUCCUCAAAGUCAUUAUGAGUUUAUCUCCCAUGACAUUGUAUCAACUACUGGGGGGCUUCCAUUAGCUCUUGAAGUUAUAGGCUCAUUCUUACGUGAAAAGACAGAAAAAGUAUGGAAAGAUACAUUAAAGAAAUUAAAGAAAGUGCUUGAUAAGAAAGUUCGAGAGACAUUGAGGAUAAGUUACGAAGCAUUAGAUUAUGAGGAACGACAAAUAUUUUUGGAUAUUGCAUGUUUUUUCAUUGGAUCAUAUGAACAAAGUCCAACUUAUAUGUGGGGUGCUUGUAGUUUUUUCCCAGGAAAUGGGAUUGAAGUACUGAGUCUCAUGUCCCUAGUAAAAAUUGACAAAGACGGCAAGCUAAUGAUGCAUGAUCAAUUGAGAAAAUUUGGAAGGGAAAUUGUUCGUCUCGAAAAUCCGAAGGAGCCUCAAGAGCAUAGCAGAUUAUGGAUUUACAAGGAAGCCGUAGAUGUGCUUGACAAUACCAAGGGUACUAGAAAGAUUGAGGCCCUCCGUCUUGGCAAAUAUGGUAGGGAAAAAAGAUACACAGCUGAACAAUUUAAAGAACUAACUAACUUGAGGUUCCUUCAAGUGGAUGGUGCAAAUUUCACGGGAAAUUUCCAAAACUUACUUCCUCAAUUAAGAUGGCUUCAGUGGCAGGGCUGUCCACGGGAUUUUGCAGCGGUCAACUUUCAUCCAAAGAAAUUAGUUGUGCUUGAUCUAUCGUGGAGCGGAAUUUCAGAGGACUGGGGAGGAUGGGGUCCACUCAAGAUGGCAACCAAGCUCAAAGUUCUCAACCUUUCACAUUGUCAUUAUUUAAGAAGAACUCCCGACUUGUCUACUUUCAAAAGUUUGGAGAUUCUAGUCCUUGAAGAAUGUUGGAAACUAGAAGAGAUUCAUCCUUCUAUUGGGGACAUCAAGACCCUCGCCUCCUUGAAUGUAAGAAGAUGUUGGAGAUUGGAGGAGCUACCGCCAGAAUUAAGAAGAAUGAAAGAAUUGAGGGAGCUUCUCAUAAAUGACACUGCUAUACGAGAGAUUCCGAUAGGUGGUUUGAUGAAGCUAGAGACUCUUGAUGCCUCGUUUUGUCGUAGAAGACUUGUUCAACUUCCAAAAUUCAUGGACUUCCUUGUGUCUUUAACUCAGUUGGACCUAUCUAAUUCAUGGAUUGAAGAAUUACCAGAAUCCAUAGGCUCCCUCUUAUCACUAACUCAGCUGCACCUACAUAUGACACGGAUCAAAGAAUUACCCGAAUCCAUUGGUUUUCUUAAGAAGCUUGAGAUUCUUGAUGCCUCUGAUGCAAAGUUAGCUCACAUACCCAGCUCCAUUGGUCAUCUAACAUCAUUGACUAAGUUGGACUUAAAAUGGACAGCAAUUGCAGUGUUACCUGAAAGCAUUGGGAAUCUACAAAAUUUAAGAAUCUUGGAUGUUAGUGCAACUUGCAUAACAGAAUUACCUUGUGCCAUUGGAAUGUUGGCAGAACUCCAAGAAUUGAGUGCUUCACAUUGCAAAAACCUAGAAGGACUACCCAGUAACAUAGGCAAACUGGUUUCGCUAAACAAGCUUGAGUUAGAUAGGUCAGGCAUUUCGGGCUUGCCAGAAAGCAUUUCUAUGCUCCUUCUCUCCAAAACCUCAGCGUUCAAUUUUGUGAAAAGCUUGGAGAACUACCAAAAUUGCCCUCUGGCUUAA